AAUCAAAAGAAGAAAAUGGGUUAUGUUUGGAAUUGCUUGACCUCUUUGAUCCAUAACGCGUUCUUGUUAAGUUUUAACAAAUGCUACCUCUUCUCCUUUUCAGAAUACCUGAAGAACAGAGGAACGCAAGCCUUCAUCUGCUGUGACAAAGCCGAGGACGCCAAUGCCAUCGUUUUGGCCUUCCGCGGGACUGAGCCCUUCAACGCUUACGACUGGAUUACGGACGUCGAUCUUUCCUGGCUUUCCAUGGGAAAAUUUGGCAAAGCCCAUCUUGGUUUCAUGAGAGCACUUGGGCUCCAAGACGAGAAAGACGUUGAGAAAGGAUUCCCCCGUGAGCACGCGGGGCAUGAAGAAGGCAAAUUGCUGGCUUAUUACGCCAUUCGGGAGGAACUGAAUCAAUUGCUGGAAAAGCACAAACGAGCCAAGAUCAUCAUAACCGGUCACAGCCUCGGUGGAGCGCUAGCGAUUCUGUUUCCAGCACUACUAGCCAUGCACGAGCGGCACGACAUCAUAGACAGAAUCCAUGGCGUGAUGACUUAUGGCCAGCCGAGGGUUGGAGAUGCGGUGUUUGGACGGAACGUGCAAGCCGUUUUGAAGUCCAAGUAUCAUAGGAUGGUUUAUAGGUACGAUAUAGUCCCUCGAGUUCCAUUUGACAAGCCCCCCGUUGCUUUGUUCAAGCACUUCGGCACCUGCAUUUACUUCACAAGUUGGUAUGAAGGCAAGGUGCGUAUGCUAGCUUUACUUCCACCUUUUAGGCUAGAGCAUCUCCAAUGGAACGUCAUUUUCUAUCCUUCCAACCGAUCAUUAUUUUUGUCACUAUUUGAUCGCGGGUUAAUAGUGCGACGCCAAUUGGGAUC